CCACUCAGUAUGGAAAUAAUUGUGCUGCUGGGAAAUGGUUUUUGAAAUCAGCUGGGGGUUGCGAAGAUUGCCUUUACUUAAAUAUCUAUGUCCCACAAAACACUUCAGAAAAUCCUUUGCCAGUAAUGUUUUGGAUUCAUGGAGGAGCAUUUGUGGUCGGAUCAGGAAAUUCUGAUAUACAUGGUCCUGAUUAUUUAAUAGAAUAUGAUAUUAUCUUAGUAACUAUUAAUUAUCGUCUAGGACCACUUGGUUUUCUUAAUUUGGAAAUCGAAGAUGCGCCUGGGAAUGUUGGAUUGAUGGAUCAAGUUGCAGCCCUAAAAUGGGUAAAUGAAAAUAUUGCAACCUUUAGUGGAGACCCAAAAAAUAUUACAAUUUGUGGAGCAACUGCUGGAGCUGCAAGUGUACAUUAUCACAUUUUGUCACAACUUACCAAAGGUUUAUUCCACAAGGCUAUAGCACAAAGUGGAAGUGCUUUUAAUCCCUGGGCUUUCCAAAAAAAUCCUGUUAAGAAUGCACUUCGACUAUGCAAAACCUUAGGCCUUACCACAAACAACCCUCAAGAAGCCUUGGAUUUUUUGAAAAACCUACCAGUAGAAACAUUGUUAAAUACCAAAUUACCCCAAGAAAUUGAUGGUCAACUGCUGGAUGACUUCGUGUUUGUACCUUCGAUUGAAAAAACAUUUCCAGAACAAGAUUCGUACUUAACUGACUUGCCAAUAUCAAUAAUAAAUUCAGGAAAAUUCCACAAAGUUCCAUUGUUGACAGGUUACAACAGUGCCGAAGGCAAUCUAUUUUUCAUGUACUUAAAAACAGAUCCAGAUUUAUUAAAUAAAUUUGAAGCUGAUUUUGAAAGAUUUAUACCAACUGACUUAGAAUUACCUUUGCGAUCACAAAAAUCUAUUGCACUGGGUGAAGCAAUCAGGGAAUUUUAUUUCCAAAACAAAACCAUAUCAGAAAAUAUGCAGAAUUUUGUAGAUGUUUUAAGUGAUAAUUGGUUUACACGUGGAAUUGAUGAGCAAGUAAAGUUAACUGUUAAAAAUCAGGAAGAACCAGUUUUUUAUUAUGUUUAUAAUUUUGAUGAAAAUUCUCCAAGUCGGAAAGUUUUUGGUGAUUUUGGAAUAAAAGGCGGUGGUCAUGCUGAUGAAUUGGGUAAUAUAUUUAAAGCCAAAAGUGCAAAUUUUGGGAAGGAAACACCAAAUGCUGUGUUGGUUCAGAGAAGGAUGCUGGAGAUGUGGACUAAUUUUACCAAAUUUGGAAAUCCUACACCUACUAUUACGGAUACACUUCCAAUAAAAUGGGAACCUGCAUCCAAAGAAAAAAUGAAUUUUCUUCUAAUUGACACCGAUUUAAAUCUGAGUACUGACCCACUAAAAAGUCGUAUGCAAUUUUGGAAAAAAAUAAAAUAAUUAAAUUACUUAUACCAACAAUAAUUUACAUAACAAUAGUAUAGGAAUAUUAAUAAUCAUUCACAAUUCUUUGUUGCCUUUUUAGUAAAUUUAAUUCCUUACAAAACCAACGUCUACUAAUAAAAAAGUAUUUGUUUGGAAUUUGAAUUUUUUGAAAAUUUAAUCAUAUCUAAAUGUUUGAUUGACUUGUAAAUUAAUUAUAAUAUUAUGUAAAGUGUAAUUUUAUAAUUAUUACAUUUUUUUAAUAUUGGUUUAUUUAUUGCUAAAAUUAUUUAUAUUAACUAAUUCAAUAAUAAUGAAUAUAUGCAUUUUGUGGUCUAA